GUGGUGGAGGUGGUGAUGCCAUUACACUCCGAGGGUGAUCUCGCCGGUCUUCUUCGCCGCACACCCGUCAAUUCUCAACUGCCGGAGAGUCAAAUUGUACGCAUUGCCCUUCAAACCGCCACUGCCCUCGCCGUUCUGCACGAACGCAAUCCACCACUCGCCCACGGUGAUCUCAAAGUUGAGAAUUUACUUCUCCACAAAAAGGGCUGCAGCGUUGUCCUCACAGACUUGGAAACAUGUGAGGAAAUUGCCCGACACCGCGGGGCCGCCGCACAUGUUGAUAUUGGCACAACGGCAUGGAUGUCACCAGAGACACGACAUCAUCAUGAACUCACACCGGCAUCUGAUAUAUGGGCAUUAGGACUUCUUCUUUAUGUUCUCACCGUUCUUCCAGACUUUCCCAUGAUGUUUAAUCCCAACACGAAUGAGGAG